AUGACACUCCGACAUCCUAAUUGCCUUUCGUCGCCGCCGCAACAUCCAACUUCACAUCUUCAGUCCGCCGUCCAUUCGCAACCAGCGUCGCCCUUCGUCCCCGACCUCAACGCGCUUGACCUGCCGCCGUACGACCACGAUAUCGAUACCGACUUCAGCUACAGCAGUCUGUCGUCGUCCCCAGUCUCGACAUACUCGCAGCCCUCACAGAUCUCCGGUGUGGGCUCGUCGCCUUUGUCUGCGUUCGAGACCGUGCCAACGCCUACCUUCCCAGUUCCGCGUCCCGCCUGCGAGGGUCCUUUGUUCGAGUCCUACCAACAAAGCAGCCACUUCUCUCCCGAGCCGUCCGUGCCUUUGUUUUCCGGCAUCGACGCGAUGCAAACGGAAACAUGGUUGCCCAACGGGAGCCAGCUGACUCCGCGCUCUGUCAGCAACUUCUCGCAUCACCGGGACUCGUCUCGUUCGUCCAUGGCGUCGGAUAGCCCGCUGUCGCCAUAUCCCCACAGCCUAUCGAAUCCUCAAAUCGCCGUGAGCGACGCUGUGACGGACGGUUUCCACGCCAUGUCCCCUGCGGACGACCUCAACUACCAGCUGACCCCGAAGUCCUUCUCUGGUGUGACGCACGACAGCUUCUACACAACCCUGCCAGCGACAUAUGGCCCAGCCGCCACAUCAGGCAUCACAAGCUACCCCUAUUGCGCUGCCGUUCCGAAGCGCCGGCAUGACUUGCUUCCCCCCCACCCUGAGCAUCCCAUUGGCGCAAGCAGGUCACAACCCGUGUCGGUGGCAAGCUCGAUAGCAUCAGGGUCGCCCGCCACUCCAAAUGUUGAUAUCGAGGAGGACCGAAGGCCUGCUAGCAGCAGCGAUAACAAUAACGUCAACACCAGCGCCAGCAACAGCAGUAAUAGUGGUGAGAUAACCUCGGUCUCCCAGGACCUGUUCGCGCCAGGCUCAAGCAUCUCUGACUUAGAAAUGUCUGAUAACACAGCGAUGCCUACCAUCCCUAAGCUGGACCGCACAAUCUCGGACGUGUAUACGGACGAGCUCUACAGCCCCAACUUUACCAUUACGUCUUCGACGUCUUCGGGGCAAAUUCCAGUGUCACCUACUGCCGGCAUCUUUGCCCAGCGUCUCCAAGCUGCCAACAGCCAGCAUUUGUCGGCUGUCGCACACUCGCCAGUGUCGGCCACGUCUCGGGAACAGUCACCAUUCCGUCAGGGCUCGCCAUUAGCUCCACUGCCGGUAUACGAUUUCCAACCGGCCCUUGGCUCUGCCCACAUGCCCUUCGGCUCGGCGCAGAAAAUGCGCGAGCAAACGAAAGCCAUCCAAGACGCGAGGGCGCUGCAGCAGCAGAUUGUGCGGGCGACGGCCGGUACCUCGACCCCUCCGACCAUCUCUCCUAAGGACGCUCUGAUCGAGCUUCCCCAGUCUGAGGCAGAGGCAAACUUCCCUCUGUUCCCUCAGCAGGCUGCCAACGCCGGGUUUCCCUCGGACAUGAUCAGCAAGGCCGCGGCCACGGCCGUUACGAGCCAGCCAACAUUUGGUGGCCUGUCAUCGCUGGACCCCAGCGGGUUCGGCAAUUACCUGACGACGCAGCUGCCCCCAGCUCCCAACGUGCCGGUGCACCCACAAUACGCCUUCAUGACGCAACAACGACAACAGACGAGUGCGGUCCCCUCUAUUGAGGGAUCCAUGCCAACAACCAGACUUGGCUCCGCCGACACGGCCGCAACAGAUUCGGCGCAGGGUGGAGCGACACCGGCACGUCCAGACGACACCAGCGCGGAUAGUGGUACUUACAGCUGCACCUACCACGGCUGUCCGUAUCGGUUUGCAACUCCAGCGCUGUUGCAGAAGCACAAGCGUGAGGGACACCGGCAAGCACAUGGCCUGGGAGCCCGGCGCCCUGACGGCACGCCUGCCGGCUUGUUCAACACACAGGCGGGUCCUCAUCGGUGCGACCGCAUCAACCCAAGCACAGGCAAGCCAUGUAACACGGUGUUCUCCCGUCCUUACGAUCUGACCCGCCACGAGGACACGAUUCACAAUGCGCGCAAGCAGAAAGUUCGCUGUGACUUGUGCACGGACGAGAAGACCUUCAGCAGAGCGGACGCGCUCACUAGGCACUACCGUGUAUGCCAUCCGGAUGUCGAGUUUCCAGGCAAGCAUAGGAGGCGCGGUGGCCACAGUAGUCACAGUGGUUAA